GCCACUUCACUAAGUGCGCACAGCCACGAACUGGUGCAAGCCACACGCCUGUGGAUCACGGCCGUAGCUGGUUCAGGCGUGCGCCUCCAGGCUUCUGUGCGAUACAUAAGGCGGGGGACCUUGGUGUCACAGAACAUUCCACUCGCAUUCCAUCUGCAAACACACGUUCGCAGCAACUCGUACAGCUCGGUUUGACGUUUGCGAUUGCUUACGCCACGUCCGUGCGCUCAGCCUUAUGCAGUGGGUUGCCAGGAUCAUGCCGCUUCCCGCGCCCCGCUAACACAACAGCUCCAGCUCUCUCAACUCCAACAUACACGCUUUUCACACCGACAGCACGCCUGCGUCCCCAAGCAUAUCUAGAAGCUCGACCUUUGCCGCCCACGAACGCGUCCUCCAGCUCUGCAACCACCUCAGCCGUACCAACACCAUGUCGGAUCCUCACCCCGCCGCCCCCGUGACCAACACCGAGGGCUGGUCCGAGGAAGACAUUGCGCUCCUCAAAGCCUUCAAAGACCCGACAGCCUGCAAGUUCUGCAAGCGCCCUUCCCGCUGCCAAGAGUGCAACCACGAGCUCGUCCCCGAGCCCAAACGCCCCGCCGGCAAACAGAACAUCGACGUCCCGCGGCCCGACCUCUUUGGCCAGCUGCCGCCGCCCAUCGCCAACCCCGCCCGCCACCGCGACUUCAGCGUCCAAUUUCCGCCCGAGGCCCUCGCGCUCGGCGCCUUCUCCGUGUUUGCGGCCGGCAGCAUCGAGAUGGGCAAGGCGAUCCCCUGGCAGCGCCUCCUGGAGAACCACCUCUGCGACCUGCCCAUCACCAUCUGCAACCCGCGCCGCGGCCAGUGGGACCCCGCCGUCACGCAGCGAGCCAAGGACGCCGCGUUCCGCGAGCAGGUCGAGUGGGAGCUCGGCGCGCUCACCGCCUCCACCGUCAUCUGCUUCUUCUUCGACCACGCGACCAUGUCGCCCGUCACGCUCAUGGAGCUGGGGCUCUGGGCGCACAGCAACAAGGUGGUCGUGUGCUGCAACGGCGACUACUGGAAGGGCGGCAAUGUGCACAUUGUGUGUGAGCGUUAUGGCGUCCCUGUUGUGGAGAGCUUUAGCGAGUUGGUGCCGCUGGUGAGGGCCAUGUUGAGGACGAAGGGGUGCAUAGUCGGCAAGAGCGGAAACCUGACUGAAAACGAAGCGGAGCGGGAUCCCGAGAGGAGCAUGAGUCUUGACGAGGCCGAGGGGGUGCUGAAGGGAGCCUUGAGGGAGAAGCAAGGGAUUGCGAUUGAUCGGAAGCAGUUGGGGAUUGCGGAGUGAGGGCGGAAAGUGGGAACAGGGGGCGCGAACUGAUAGGGAGCGAUCCUGGGGUGCAUUUGCGGUGUUGGCGGCUGUUUGGGCAUGUUGCAUAUGCGAGGUGGCUUCAGUCUAGUCUGGCGUUGGGCGGUUUAACUUGUUUCUGGAAUGUACAACUUUACGAGGGAGGGAACAGUCACGGUCAUGGUGGGGACGGAGAGGGACAUAGGCCUGAUGAUACCCCUAGAUCGAGCGAUGAAUUCAUGUCAGGACAAUCAGUCUAUGCAUGACCGGUCGAAUCCAUUGUGGCAAGGUGGUUUGAAAUUGAGCCUGUCCCCUGCUUGGGUGCUUCGCAUACAUGUCUCGAUCGAGUGCGACGUCGAUGAUGGCCAGCUCGAUGAGCAAUGGCGAGCAGGCUGUGGAGCUCGGCGUCGCGCGGUAUCCCUCAGCCCCAAGUCCCUACUCGGCAGCGAAGAUCUGGCUCCCAGGUCCAUUUUAUGU